GCCGCUUUUGGGUGUCCCUGGGUGGCCGGCUCCCAGAGUUGGGAGGAGCGAAAGGCGGAACCCCCAACAUGAACCGGAUGAGCCCGUUCCUAGCACUGAGAGGGUGGAGAUGAACUGUGCACGAGGCCUAACUAAAGUGGUCAACGUGGUCUUCCCCAUCACCAGUCCCCAGGAGCCCAUCAUGGCGACGCCCCCUAAGCGGCGAGCUGUGGAGGCCACGGGGGAGAAAGUGCUGCGCUAUGAGACCUUCAUCAGUGACGUGCUGCAGCGGGACUUGCGAAAAGUGCUGGACCAUCGCGACAAGGUAUAUGAGCAGCUGGCCAAAUACCUUCAGCUGAGAAAUGUCAUUGAGCGACUCCAGGAAGCUAAGCACUCGGAGUUAUAUAUGCAGGUGGAUUUAGGUUGUAACUUCUUCGUUGACACAGUGGUCCCAGAUACUUCACGCAUCUACAUGGCCCUAGGAUAUGGUUUUUUCCUGGAGUUGACACUGGCAGAAGCUCUCAAGUUCAUUGAUCGGAAGAGCUCUCUCCUUACAGAGCUCAGCAACAGCCUCACCAAGGACUCCAUGAAUAUCAAGGCCCAUAUCCACAUGUUGCUAGAGGGGCUUAGAGAACUACAAGGCCUGCAGAAUUUCCCACAGAUGCCUCGCCAUUGACGUCUUCCUCCCAUAGUCUGCCAUUAAAAAGACUGAAUGCCUUUGA